CACUUCCUUCUUUUUGGCGUGGCUUCGGUAGAGAACGGUGGUGCUCGCGUUGCCGACUCAGUUCGCGUUAAAAGUAUUGCUUUUAUUAGUGGUAUAUAAAUUUAUUUUGUGUUAGUAUUUGUAUUAAAGUUGCGAUCAACAUGAGGCCGCAACAGAAUGGAGGAGAUGAUGGUUUUGAUGAGCCCGAGGUGCACCGUAAAAUAUUCAUCGGUGGCUUGAACUACAGAACCACUGAUGAGUCACUCAAGUCUCAUUUUGAAAAAUGGGGUGAAAUCGUUGAUGUCGUCGUUAUGAAAGAUCCCAAAACGAAGAGGUCGCGCGGAUUUGGUUUUAUCACUUAUUCCAAAGCGCACAUGGUUGAUGAUGCGCAAAACAACAGACCGCAUCGCAUUGAUGGCCGUGUUGUGGAAACUAAGCGUGCUGUAGCCCGACAAGACAUCAAAAACCCUGAGGCGGGUGCCACUGUAAAGAAACUGUUUAUUGGUGGUAUUAAAGAUGAUCAUGAUGACGAACAACUUAGGGAGUACUUUUCCAGCUAUGGAAAUGUCCAGAAUGUUAGUAUUGUAACUGACAAGAGCACAGGAAAGAAACGUGGUUUUGGAUUCGUGGAAUUUGAUGAUUAUGAUCCUGUUGAUAAAGUCUGCUUGAAUGGUCCACACAAAAUUAAUGGUAAACAACUGGAUGUCAAGAAAGCUCUGCCAAAAGAUGGUGCUGACCAACGUGGGGGUGGUAGACAGGGGCCAGGUGGUCGUAAUGAUAACUGGGGCAAUGGAGGAGGUUAUGGUGGUGGCAACCAAGGAGGAUGGAACAAUUCUAAUCCUUGGGAUAACAACCAAGGAGGUGGUUGGGGUGGCAACCAAGGUGGUGGUGGUGGCGGCGGCUACGGAGGCGGUGGCAAUGGCCGCGGGGGUUGGGGUAACCAAGAUUUUGGCAACUACAGCCAACAGACAUACAGUGGUGGACCCACUAGGAACCAACAAUAUGGUGGCAACAAUCGUGCCGCUCCCUACAACAUGAACCAGGGUGGUGGUGGUGGCGGUGGCGGCUAUGGCAGCGGCGGCGGUGGCAACUACGGAGGUGGCCAGGGCCGAGGAGGUCGUUUCUAAGCUACGUUUCGUGCUAAGUACACUAGUAAAGCAGUGUUUACCGCUAGUGUAGGCAGUACGCUCCGGAGCACUAGAUACACACCUCAUGGUCCACCCGCGAGACCACCUAGGAGAAGGCGUCAGGAAAACCUAUAGAAUUAUAGCUGGAGCUCUUGACUCUAAAAUCUAUUAGAAGAAUACUUAGUAACCUUUUUAUAUGUGUACUGAAUUGUAAGAUGGUCUUCUAUUUAUUGUAGUACCUAGGUACUUAUCGUGACAUAUUUUUAAGGAUAUAGUAAUGUAAAAAUGAGAAUUAUUUUACGUUUUUUUACGUGUUAAGUACAAUUUAGGAUAUUUCUGUAAGAAUCCCUCAUGUAGACGCUAGGUGAAUGAGAUCAGUUUAGUUGACAUAGUUUAUGAAGUGAAUCAUGAUUAUUUUUAAUUUCCUGACCUUACUCAGUAUUAAGUUCUCAAAUAGCUGUUAUAUGAUUAUUAGGCUUAGAAUUAUGGACUUUUAGGCUAAUAUAAUGUAAAAAUAAACUUUAAUACAAAAUA